AUGCAGUUUCACCCUCCGGCGAAUAUCAAAAAGAUGAGUGCCGGCAUACCGCUCACGGACGAUGAUCGAUGGGGCUGGCUCAACACUCUCCGGGAUGCUGCGGUUGCUGCUCCGGGAGGAGCUGUGGUUGCAUGCUCGUGUCUCAAGAGGAAGUAUCGCGAUGUCAUGAGGAAUGUAGGCGGUAAUGUUCAAGUGAGGUUUGUUUACUUGCGUUUGACGAGCGAGGUUGUGAUAGAGCGGGUUAAAGGGAGGAAGGGUCAUUUCUUUGAGGCGACGCUGGUGAAGAGUCAGUUUGAGGCGUUGGAGGAGCCGGGUGAAGAGGAAGCAGAUGUAGUCGUUGUGGAUGCGGCGGGGAGAAGGGAGCAGGUGAAGGAAAACACCUGGCUGCAAGUGAGUAAUUAUAAGGUGUGCGGAUAG